CACUUUUCGAGCUGCCAUGCGAAUACCCUUUGUUCCCUCCCUGCAGCACAUAGUGAAGUGUCACGGCAGCACGCUGCUGCCUCAGUUCCUCGGGAUGUACCGUGUGAGCGUGGACAGCGAGGAGACAUACCUGAUCGUCAUGAGGAACAUGUUCAGCCACAGACUGCUGGUGCACAGGAAGUACGACCUGAAGGGCUCUCUGGUGGCUCGUGAAGCAAGCGACAAAGAAAGGGGAAAAGAGCUCCCGACCUUCAAGGACAUGGACUUCAGGAACAACAUGCAGAAGGUGUAUGUGACCGAUGAGCAGAAGGAGAAGUUCAUGGAGAAACUCAACAGAGAUGUGGAGUUCCUGGUGCGGCUGAAGAUCAUGGACUACAGCCUGCUGCUCGGGAUCCACGAUGUGGGUCGAGCUGAACGUGAUGAAGAGGAGGGCGAGGAGGUGUCCAACGAGGAAGAUCCAGACGCAGAGAACGGCCUGGUGGGGGCCGCGGUGGGGUCCUAUGGCACCUCUCCAGAGGGCAUCGCUGGGUACAUGUCCUGCUACAAACCUCUGGGGCCCGGGGAGUUCGACCCCUACGUGGACGUGUACGCCAUCGGGAACUGCCCAGGAGCCCCUCAGAGGGAAGUGUACUUCAUGGGCCUGAUCGACGUCCUCACUCAGUACGACGCCAAGAAGAAAGCCGCUCAUGCAGCAAAAACUGUCAAACACGGGGCCGGCGCUGAAAUCUCCACAGUCCACCCCGAGCAGUACGCCAAAAGAUUUCGCGACUUCAUCUCCAACAUCUUUGCGUAACACUUGGCUCCGAACGCUGCCAUCUAUUUUACCCUUCGACCAAAAGAAAAUAGUACGCACACACAGAUCGUUGUUUCUGAGGAUCUGAGGCGGGACUACUUAAGUUUGUAGCAACAUAAUGUACUACUUCUGAUGCAUAUAUUUAUUUUUAAGAUUUAAGAUGCAGUUCUUAUAGAUAUUAAGCACUCUUUAACGGUUUAACUCUGGAGCAUUAGGGUACACGGAAAUGAACUGCUGUUGAUCAGUGUUAGACCACGUCAGUGCGAGAUCAAAUAUUUAGUUUUCUUCUUUGUCACUUCUCUCUGGGUACCCAGGCCUGAUAUAAACUUAAAGUAAGAGUUUGACAUGUGAAGAUCAUAGCCUAUUUACUUUUUUUGCCAAAAGUUGAAUGAAAAGAUUGAAACUGCUUUCAUGCUUAAGGUUCCUUGUGUCGUUUUUCACCUCUAGUAGCAGUCAAACCGUCAUUUCUCUAUGAGUUGGUCACAAUUUGACAAAUGUGCACCCUGUACACAGUGCCAAUGAAACCCACUGCUCCACUGACCUAUAGGUGACACCAAACGCAGUUAAAAAGACUGCUAGAAAGGGAACAUGGAUUUUAACAAUGCUGGAUUCAAAAUACAUAAAGACUUUACAAAUAUUUUUAUGAGGAGGGAAAAGUAUUACACAUUUGCAUUUAGGAAUGUGUUUUUCACAUGACGUAAACAAAACUUUUGUUUGUUCACAAGAAAACUCCACAAGGGACCUUUUUAAUGUGAAGCUAUUCAAGGAUGAGCAGAUGCUUAGCUUAGCUUAGCUUAGCUUAGCUUAGCUUAGCAUAAAGACUGGAAACGGAGGGAAAGGCUAGCCUGGCUCUGUAGAAAGGUAACGACAGCCUCCAUCCAGCACCUCUAAAGAAGCCAGUUAAUGUGCACAACAUGUCAUUUAUUUCAAACAAAUGAGGAACAACACCUCUUUAAGUGCAAGGAGCUGUUUGUCAGGGUUUGUUUUCUUUAAACAGCCCUGCUAGCUGUUUCCUGUCUUUAUGCUAAGCGAAGCAAACCGGCUAACUUUGCCUAAAAAGUGAAACUAUUCCUUUUUAAUCCUAGAAUAAUAAUGACAUGAUGAUCGGUGUUAAAACCAUAAUGGUAGUCUAUAUUCUACAGUUGGAGCAUAAUAUUAUUUAUCUAUUGAUGCGGGCCAUUUGAAUGUUUAGAGUGCCAAAUGUGUGGGAUCAAAGCUUUAUCCUAACAGGAUUUGCACCUUGAAUACAAUUAAAUUAACUCUGUUGUGACAGAGCAGAAUCGCAAUUAAAAUGGAUCAUGUAUGAUUUUCCUCAAGAUAUUUACUAAAUUUAAAAGAAAUGUACAGAACAGCCUUGUAAAUUGAAAUGUGUGGUAUUUAAUAGAGAGCACAUUAAAUCAUUUGACUUGUAAACAUGUUGGACAGUGCCUCUUGGCUACAGGAGCCUGUUAAGGGCCUGGGGGGGGUUUAGGAUUAGCCUUUUUUAAAUAAAAAUACUUUCAUGUGUCGACAUCGAAACACUUCCUGAAAUGAGCCCAUCAUUCUGUACGGACUCCUUUAUGAACGUGGUGUUGUGGCAAAUGUGAAUCAUUGUAAUGGAUUUAGACAAAGAUAGGAAUAGGAUCCACUCUGUGUAUUGUAACAUUUGACAUUUAGUGAUAACUAGAGUACUGUGUAAAACACUGUGGACAUUAACACUACAUUUCAGUAGCUUCUGCAGUUAGCCUUAGCACGGUGGUAUGAUGGAUUAUUUCUGAAUCACUGGCCAGGCUGCGCAGCUCUCUGAUUCCUCAUCUCCUCGAUGAUUUCACAUGUAUUGAAAAAUCUGUGUUUUGGACCAAAAUAUAUUUUACAAGGAAUUUC